CGUAUGGCCGCUGCCACCAUGUCGACCUCACCGUCGGUCGGGGCGCCUGCGGGUAACGACGCGCGGGGUGCGGUUGCUCACCUCAUCACUAGGGCGAGUACCUAUCCCUGCUCUGCGGCACCCGCCGCCUUUUCUCGUCUCGCCCAGAACACUUCAUCCACUUUCCAACUCGCACUCGAUGCCUUGCUCCCCAUUCUCGACACUCAGAAGGGCGAGGUCUCUGACAGGAUUCUAGUCUCGUUCAUCCUCUUCGCGCUUUACGCGCCACAUCCAAUCGCAAUCAAUCCCUUCAAGUCUGCCCUCAUCGCAACCUUUGUUGUCGAGCGAGACAAGUCUCUUGUCCAAUCCAACACUGGCUCUGUGGCCGACAAUGAGCCCCUCGUAUGGGUUCUUUGGAAGAUUUUGAAAGGCGACGGCGAUGAUAUCGGCCCUUACUCUCCGAGUGCUCUAGCUCACUCUCUUCUCCCUCCCGACCUCCGGGCAAGUAACUUAAUUCUGGACGAAAGCCUGUAUUCUACCAAUGACAUAGAUAACUUGUACGACACUCAAAUGCACCGAAUGACGCCAAUCCCAGGAACACCAGCACCCUUCAUCUCGACCGAAAAGGACGCUGAAAAUGCGGCAAUAGCCCAGGCCAUGCGACUUUUACUCGCAGCACGUAAUCGUGUACUUACUCUCUCUGAACAACGACAACUCGUCCCCCACCUCACCACCCUCGUCGCAACCCCGCUCAUCACACAAUCCGACCUUGCCUCCUUGUCCGCCCACAAUCCCAAUAUAGCUGCGCCACUAUUCGCAGCUUUUCUCUCCGGUCCGGCUUCCGGAACUCAUGCUGCAUUGACUGCCCUAUGUGACCUCCCACCGACAUUACCCACUUUUGAUUUGUUUGGUCGACUCCUUCGGGACGAAACUCCUCUCAGUGCUGAUGGCCCUGGCCCAGCGUUUUUCACUGUCGGUGCCUUGGUGACGACCGAAGUGCUUGGGGUGUUCAUAGCUCAGAGCAUCAACACCCUCGAGAUGGCAGAGCGCGCGGAGAGGGAAGGCAGGGUCAGCAUCGACUUGUUCGCUCAAGGCGUUCAGCAUCUCUGCCGGUUCUAUCACUCUCUCUGCAAGCUCAACCUUGUCGAUGUUACCAACGAUGUCGAGACUGCGGCGAUGACCCACUUCAGUCUUGUUCAUGCGCGAUUCGAAGAGGCGAAUGCGCUAUAUCGAACACUGAUUGCUGGCCGCGGUGUCGGCAUCGGUGGCGGCGAUGGAGGGUUUCGCGGAGCCUGA